UUGGGGAGUCCGCCGGUAAAAUUCCACCACUCAGGCGACGGCGGAGGAGGAUAAAAGGACGCGCUUCCGGCCGUACGAGAGAAGAGGAAACGACAGCGAAGAGACAGACUCCGUGUGUGCGCGCGCUUCAGCGGCAUUUCGGCACGCUAACAUUGAGCCCGACGGUAUACUCACUCCAAUCGCUAAUCUCUCUCUCUCUCUCUCUCUCUCUCUCUCUCUCUCUUUCACUCUCUCAGGUGCGAGCGCGGACGAGAUCGCACACAACGGUGGAUGACGGCACGGGAAACCCACGCCCACGUCUCGGGAAUCCCGCCACGCCCUCGAGAAGGUCACAACGACAGCCACACCCCCACGAAACCCCACGCACUCACACACCCUCACCUCCUCACGACAGACAACUCACACUUGGACGAAUAAAACAGCCAUUUUAACUGUAACCUGUCUCUUGUGGGUCUGUGCUCCGCCCUUCCCCCGAGCUAACUCCCUACAACAUAUACAGUGGGAUUGAAAAGUCUGACCAUUUUUUUCCUGAGGUCUUUUUUUUUUUUAAAUUUGAAAUCAACAGGAGGUCAGGAAAAUUCACAAUGAGUCACAACAAGUGAUUGGGUUGAAUAGGUUGUACAGUAUUGUCCCAUUAGCUCAGGUAUUCCAGGUAUGUAGCGUUUGUUAUACUGUUCAUUAUACUAGCAGGUGGGGACUUGGUUUAGCCGAAGUCUGCAGAGGGACUGUGGUGGAAUGGGCAAUUAACGUGGCACACCUGUUGCUUAUUUUUGUUUUCUUAUAUGAACAACUCAAGUAAAGAACAUUAUCAGCAUUUCACUUAAAAUGUCAUGGUGUCAAAACUUAUAGCAGCGGUCAAUUUAUUUCUGGUGUAAAACGGCUAAAUGUUUAAAAGGUUACUGAAAGUGGACAAGUUUAAUUACUUUCCUCAACAAAUUAUUUUAGUUAGUUAUUAUUAACUAUUUCAUCAUCAAUAUUUAAAUCAUUUUAAUGUAGAAUUAAUUCCAUUUGGGAAAUUGACCCUGGGAGAUGGGUUUUUUCCAGGAAAAUAAACGGUUCAUUAUGCCGGACAUUAUUUUGGACAUGUGCAGGAUUUAAAGCUGUUUUUAAAGCAUUUCACAGAGACUGAUCCUGAACUGCAGGUUUCUGUCAGGUUCGCUGCAUGCUGUAUGUAUCCAUGGUUACAGAAUUAGAAUUGGAACCUUGGAAUCAUGAGCUGUUAUUAUUCUGAAAUCUAGAAUCGGAACAUUCCCGAGUAUAAAAGCUGAUCUGCAUCAACACAAUCCACAUUCAGAUGAAAGCUGUACAUUCAGUAGCUCUGACCUGCACAGAACAUGAGUAAACAGGAAGUAGAGAAGGGAAUGGAGAAGAAGGUGGACGCGAUGUCCUGUAACAUCAAUGAGCUGCGGUUAGAGAAGCAGCUCUGUGACGGAGUCAUCAUGGUGGACGACGGCGAGUUCCACGUGCACAAGAUCAUCCUGUGUGGCUGCAGCCCGUACUUCAGGGUUCUCUUCACCAACGGCUGUCACCCUCCUGAUAAGCUCAGGUACAGCAUCCCUAACGUUUCCGCCGAGAUAAUGGAGCUGAUCGUGGAGUACGCGUAUAUAAGACGUGUCAACAUCACGGAGAAAAACAUGUACAAGUUGCUGAUUGCUGCUAAUUAUCUGUUGGUGAACAGUCUGGUGAGCGACUGCUGCAGGUUCCUGAAGGCUCAGCUGUGUCCAGAGAACUGCGUUAACAUCUGGCGUUUUGCUCACUCCCACUUCUGCGAGAAGUUGAAGCAGCAGGCCUUCCGGUUUAUCUUGCACAACUUUGAGGAGAUGGUGCGCCUCUCCAAGGAGUUCCUGGAGCUGACGGUCGAGCAGCUGAGCGAGAUCAUCGAGAAGGACAAACUGAAUGUGAAACAGGAGAGCGUGGUGUUCGAGGCCGUCUUACAGUGGAUCAAACAUGAGCCAUGGAAACGGAAAGCGCACAUAGGAGUGUUACUGCCUAAGGUGCGUCUGGGGCUACUGACGCACGAUUACCUUAUGAACAAUGUGAGCAACAACAUUUUUGUGAUGGACGACGUGACACGUAGGCCGAUCGUCACCAGCGUUCUGACGGGCAUCGAUGACCUCAACCCAAGCCUUUCUCUCAGUUCUGAUCUCACGAGACUCCGCCUGCCCAGCGCCGUUCUGUUGGCCAUCGGUGGUUUCAGCAACAAGAAAACCACUAAUGCCAUAGAAGCGUACGAUACGCGAGCGGCACGCUGGAACAACGUCACAAACAUCGAUGAGAGUCCACGUGGCCGUACCAGGACGGUGUAUCUGAACGGCUUCGUGUACUGCAUUGGAGGAUUCGGCUGGAAGAAUUUCUUAAGCAGCAUGAGAAGGUUUGACCCCAUCACCAGAACCUGGGCUGAGGUGAGCCGCCUGCAAUCUUCCCGGUGUGACAUGGGCGUGUGUGUGCUGGAUGGCCAUAUCUAUGUGAUGGGAGGAUUUGAUGGCGACGAUCAUCUGAAUACGGUCGAGCGAUAUGAACCUGAGAAUGGUCGGUGGAGCAAGAUCGCGCCGAUGCACGAACAAAAAAGGGACUGUAGCGCUACAGUACUGAACGGCAAAAUGUACGUAUGCGGAGGGUUUGACGGGCGCUGGCAUUUGGACACGGGGGAGUGUUAUAGUCCUCAGACGGGAGUGUGGACCCUCAUUGCCCCCAUGAUCAUCGGAAGGAGUAGACUGGGCGUGGUCGCGUACGGAGGACAGGUUUACGCUGUCGGGGGAUAUGAUGGUGUUAAUCACCUAAGCGAUGUAGAGGUGUAUAAUCCUCAGACCGACAUGUGGACACAAGGUCCAGCCAUGAACAACAAGCGCAGCAACUUCGGCAUUGAGGUGCUGGAUGAUCUCCUGUUCGUUGCUGGAGGAGAAAACGGCACUGCCUCCAUGGGUGAAGUGGAGUGUUACGAUGAGCAGACUUCUGAAUGGCAUGCAGUCACAAACAUGGAAUUUUCCCGCAGUGAUCUGAGCUGCUGUGUGCUGUCUGGUUUACCCAACAUGGCCGAGUACGCAGCGCCCUGAGACGAUCCCUACGGAGUCCCUCAGAGCUCACCGAGCACCAGGGGCAACCUCACACCUCCUGCCAACGUCUGAGACGUACAAAUAAACCUCUCCCUUCAUCAGCAUCCUUUUGUUCUCGAGAAUCAAAUUAAACAUUCUGAACCAGUCAAACUACUGAAUUUGCCUUUUAUUUACUCUCUUAUGCUGCAACUGAAACUUGUAAACCACAACGUUCCUCAUGGAGACGUGCGAUGGAACAGUUAACGUGCACCAUCCUGAGAUCUCUCUCUCUCUCUCUCACACACACACACCACAAUGACACGGCAGCGCUCACGUGGUCAACGCUAAACAGAAUUCACUUCACGUUAUUUUCUACAUGAUGAAACUGGACUUUGUUGAGUCUACAUCACAGAAAUAAUUCAUGUAGAUCUUAAUACGUUUAUCAAACUCAAAUAUGACCUUGCUCCGAGUAUCCACCGUUAUUUCUGAGCCGAACAAUCACACAACCACGCCACUAACAAAGAUGCAGUUUAAGGGUUGUAAAAUAUAUUUUAAUAUAUGCCUCAAUAUUAUAUAAAAUACAGCUUUAGGUUUUCUUCUGGAAAAUAUAGAUUUCUUCAUCACG